AUGGGAUAUCUUUUAUCAUCCCGCCGGCCGAUUCUCUUCUGCCCUCCCCGUCUCAUGAAGCCGCUGGUAGUGUUCGUCCUCGGCGGCCCCGGCGCCGGCAAGGGGACCCAGUGCGCCCGCAUUGUCAAGAAAUAUGGCUACACACACCUUUCUGCAGGAGAGCUGCUUCGUGAUGAAAGGAAGAACCCAGAUUCACAGUAUGGUGAACUUAUUGAAAAGUACAUUAAAGAAGGAAAGAUUGUACCAGUUGAGACAACCAUCAGUUUAUUAAAGAGGGAAAUGGAUCAGACAAUGGCUGCCAAUGCUCAGAAGGAUAAAUUCUUGAUUGAUGGGUUUCCAAGAAAUCAAGACAACCUUCAAGGUUGGAACAAGACCAUGGAUGGGAAGGCAGAUGUAUCUUUCGUUCUGUUUUUUGACUGUAAUAAUGAGAUCUGUAUUGAACGAUGUCUUGAGAGGGGAAAGAGUAGUGGUAGGAGUGAUGACAACAGAGAGAGCUUGGAAAAGAGAAUUCAGACAUACCUUCAGUCAACAAAGCCAAUUAUUGACUUAUAUGAAGAAAUGGGGAAAGUCAAGAAAAUAGAUGCUUCUGAAUCUGUUGAUGAAGUUUUUGAUGAAGUUAUGCAGAUUUUUGACAAGGAAGGCUAAUUCUAAACCUGAAAGCAUCCUUGAAAUCAUGCUUGAAUAUUGCUUUGAUAGCUGCUAUCAUGACCCCUUUUUAAGGCAAUUUUAAUCUUUCACAACUACAUCUCAAUUCGUGGCUGGAAAGUACAUGGUAAAACAAAGUUAAUUUUUUAUGUUCUCUUUUUUGGUCACAGGAGUAGACAGUGAAUUCAGGUUUAACUUCAUCUUAGUUAUGGUGCUCACUAAACAAGGGUAUCAGCUAGUUUUUUUUUUUUAAUUCAAAAAGAAUAUCCCUUUUAUAGUUUGUGCCUUCUGUGAGCAAAACUUUUUAGUACGCAUAUAUAUCCCUUUAGUAAUCACAACAUGUUAGGAUUUAGGGAUACC